UUAUUAUUAUUUAUUACAUUUGUAUACCGCCCCAUAGCCGAACCUCACUGAGCGGUUUACAACAAUUUAAAACAUUAAAAACAAAUAUACAAAUUUAAAAACACAUGCUAAAAUGCCUGGAAGAAGAGGAACUGGCUAUUUAGUCACUUCGUGGGUAACAACCCAAGGAACGCUGGGAAACGUGGUCUAUUUUGGCGGCAAGGAACGCCGGGAAAUGUAGUUUGUUAAGAAUCAAGCACAACCCUUAUCACCAUUAGCCGCCGUUUUUGAUGACGUCAGAGGGCGCUCUCCCCUCUCUCCCGACGGCUACCGCGCAGAGUGGGAACAUUUCCUGAGAAACACGGCGCUCUGAUUAAACGUUCGCUUGUUUGAGAACAGGACUCGAAGGAAAUUAAUAAUCUUUAGAAGAAAAAGGAUAGCCGGACGGCACACAUCUUUCCGGAAGUCUCAUCUCGGAUUGGGGCGCGAAGUAGCGGAAGUGGCGUCGUAGCCGUAUAUGGGCGCAUGCUAUGGCGGAACUCGGGAGGCGGUGGCCUCUCCAGUUGAAGGUGGUGGAAAGCACUUGGAAUUUGCGGGCUUGCUUGAUCUUUGCAACACGUGUAUACACAGGAACAUGGCCGGGAAAUUGGGCCAGGCCUCCUGCCCAACGAGGCUGGAUUCUGGUCCUAUGAGCUAUUUUUGUUGGAAGACUAGCAACAUAUCCCCAGAUUUAUUUCUGUACAUUGAUAUUAGUAAUUCAGAGCUUGAAGUGGAUUAAGGAAAAAAUGAAGAGUGGAGUAGCACAGAUGAAUUCUGGUUCUAGUUAUGAAAGAAAGGAAGCUUACAGUCCUCGCCAAAGAAGUUCCUCUCCAGAAGACAGGUACGUGGAGCGUAGAAGAUCUCGGUCACCAAAAAGCAAAGGUAACUCAGAUCAUAGCAGAUCUGACCGAAAACAUUCAGAAAAGGGACAUUAUGGAGACAGAUACCCAGCAUCAAGGAGAGAGAGACAGGAAAGAGAAAGGGAGUCUGACUGGAGAAAGUACAGAAAGUCCCCUUCACCCAACAGAAGAAGUGCAGAGAGAGCAACAACACAGAGCUCUCUUUCUCAUGAUGAACCCCCUUCAAAGAAGAAGAAAGAGGAUUUGGAUCCAAUUCUUACCCGCACUGGGGGUGCAUACAUUCCUCCAGCAAAGCUUCGGAUGAUGCAAGCACAGAUCACUGAUAGAAAUAGUUUAGCAUAUCAAAGGAUGAAUUGGGAAGCACUGAAGAAAUCCAUCAAUGGUCUCAUCAAUAAAGUGAAUGUUUCAAAUAUCGAGAAUAUUAUCCAUGAGCUCCUUCAAGAAAAUAUUGUCAGGGGAAGGGGAUUGUUAGCAAGAUCUAUUUUGCAAGCCCAGAGUGCUUCACCUAUCUUCACUCAUGUUUAUGCAGCAGUUGUAUCAAUCAUCAAUUCAAAGUUUCCAAAUAUCGGAGAAUUGAUUCUCAAGAGGCUUAUUUUAAACUUUCGCAAAGGAUAUAGAAGAAAUGAUAAGCAACUUUGCCUGACAGCUUCCAAGUUUGUGGCACAUCUUAUGAAUCAGAAUGUGGCUCACGAGGUUUUAUGCUUGGAAAUGCUUACAUUACUUCUGGAAAGACCUACAGAUGACAGUAUUGAAGUAGCAAUUGGGUUUCUAAAGGAAUGUGGCCUCAAAUUGACUGAAGUCUCUCCUAGAGGUGUUAAUGCCAUCUUUGACCGCCUUCGUCAUGUUCUGCAUGAAUCUGAAACUGACAAGCGAAUUCAGUACAUGAUAGAGGUCAUGUUUGCUGUGCGUAAAGACGGGUUCAAGGAUCACCCGAUAAUUCCAGAUGGACUAGAUCUUGUGGAGGAGGAAGAUCAAUUUACCCACAUGUUGCCUUUGGAAGAUGACUAUAAUCCAGAUGAUGUCCUUAAUGUGUUCAAGAUGGAUCCUGAUUUUAUGGAGAAUGAAGAGAAGUACAAAGCUCUGAAAAACGAAAUUCUUGAUGAAGGUGACAGUGACUCAGAAGGUGUUCAAGAUGCUGGAAGCAGUGAAGAGGAUGAGGAAGAGGAUGAUGAUAAAGAUGAGGAAGAGGAUGGAGAAGGACAAAAAGUGACUAUCCAUGAUAAAACAGAAAUUAACCUGGUCUCCUUCCGGCGAACCAUUUACCUUGCAAUUCAGUCAAGUUUAGACUUUGAAGAAUGUGCACAUAAAUUGCUGAAGAUGGAUUUUCCUGAAAGCCAAACGAAAGAACUGUGCAACAUGAUACUUGACUGUUGUGCUCAACAGAGAACAUACGAGAAAUUCUUUGGUUUACUUGCUGGGCGCUUCUGUAUGUUGAAAAAAGAAUACAUGGAAGCAUUUGAAGCUAUUUUCAAAGAGCAAUAUGAUACGAUACACCGGUUGGAAACAAAUAAGUUGAGAAAUGUUGCCAAGAUGUUUGCGCAUCUUUUAUAUACAGAUUCGCUUCCAUGGAGUGUACUUGAAUGCAUAACUCUAAGUGAAGAAACUACAACAUCCUCCAGUAGGAUUUUUGUUAAAAUAUUCUUCCAGGGCCUUAGUGAAUAUAUGGGACUUCCUAAUCUUAAUGCAAGAUUGAAAGAUGAAACUCUACAACCAUUCUUUGAAGGAUUGUUGCCUCGGGAUAACCCAAGAAAUACUAGAUUUGCCAUUAAUUUCUUCACUUCAAUUGGCCUUGGAGGACUGACGGAUGAGCUACGUGAACAUCUGAAAAAUGCACCAAAAAUAAUAAUGACACAGAAGCAAGAUGUGGAGUCAUCAGAUUCAUCUUCAGAAUCUGAUUCAUCUGGUUCAGACGAUGAUAGCAGCAGCAGCAGCUCAGCGUCCUCUAGUGAGAGUGAAUCUUCUGACAGUGAGCGCAGCAGUGACUCUGAUGUGAAAAAGAGGAAGUCACAAAAGAAGAAAAUAUCAGACAAAGAUAACAAGAGGAAACAAGGAAAUAAAAAGAAACAGGCUGAAAAGAAAAAAGAAAAGAGGCAGCCAGAGAGGGAAAAUGGUGCUGAGAGAAACUCGGAAAGAAAUGCUGACAGAAGUUCAAGAGACUCAAGUUGGAGAGAUGAUGCAUCACAGAAACUGUCUUAUGACAGAGAUUAUUCCAGUGGCAGAAACAGUUACUGGAGUGGAAAGGACAGGGAGCAGGAAAGAAAUAUGCCUUUAGAAAGCAAAACUAGCUAUUCCAAAAAGAAAAGGGCAGAAAGAAGAAAUUCUUUUUCUGAUACUGAAGAGAGGGACAGCUGCCGUACUAAAGAUGGUGAACUUCACCGACGAAGGAAAGACAGAUCAAAGUCUAGAGAGAGACCCCGUACCUAUCCCAGUCCCAGAGAGGAUGAAAACAGCCGAUAUCCGGACCAAUUUAAAGAGUCAAGGAAAGAUGAGGGCAGGCGAAGACACGGGGGAGAUUCCCCAUAUAGGCGCAGAUGAGCCCAGUAGAUGGCUUUUGAAAUACAAAUGAGUUUACCUUAUGUCAAAAACUGUAUUUUAACGAUAUAUUGAACAUUUUUUUAAAAGGACCUUUUGUACAAAAUUCUUGUAAACUUCAUUGGAAUUUUGAAUGGUUUCCAUACCCCAUCUUUUUAUGGUCACUGUUACUUGUUGAAUCUUUCUAUUAAGCUGCUGAUCAGAGGUUUUUUACUCCAGUUACAAUCAGAUUAGUUUAUUUUGUUAAUAAAACAGUUCAGACAUUUGUUUUAUUGAAAUAUUAGUGUUUAACAAAUAUUUUUGUAAAUUUUAUUUAUGUUCUGUAAAAGUGCUAGACAUUCCUUAGUUUUCUUUUGUUAGAUAAUUUUCAGAUUUCAGUACAGAUGUUAAAAGGUUUCACAGAAAGAGAUUCCCUGUAUGUGCAUGAAUUGCAAAAUAGAAUUGAUGGCAGUUUUUGUUUAUUUUAAUAAGAAAGCCUCAAACUACUUCUUGGAAAUGAAAACUUUUUAGAAAUCUGUUGCAUGUUAUUUGAUAAAUCUGAUAGUCCCCAGCUUUCUGUGUUUUGUUGAAAUUUGUUUAAUCAAAUCUUGGGGGGGGGACAUAAGCUAUGUUAAGAAUUUGUUAAUGGAUCAGGUUCUGUUCUUGGGUGAAUGCAGUGUGAAAGGAUGCCAAUAAAAAACUGGCCCACACAGCUGAUAACUAUAUUUUUUUCAGAGCUUAAAAAUCUGCAGUUCAAUUAGUGCCAAUACCAGAGUUCCUUUUUACUUAAAACAGUGCUGUAAACAUUUUCAGCACAUUUUGAGGAGGAUUGGAUAAAUCCAUCCUCAUUUGAAUAAGGACUAAAGUAACCAAAGAUUGCUUGAUAUUUAUUUUACAAUUGCCUGCUACAGAAGAAAGAACCUGAAGGUUAGUUAAUUUCUUAAAAUAAAAAAUAUUUUUAAAAAUAUGGAUUCAUGGGUUAGGAGGAAUUUAUAUGAAAAUGGCAUGUGAAUUUCUAUAAUAUUGUUUUACUUCUGCUGAAAAAUAUUUAUAAUUAUGAAAAUGAGCUACAGUCGAUACUUAAAAUUGUUAUUAUCAAAGGCCUGAUGUUAUGAUUAGUGGGUAAUAUUCAGUUGUGGUGUUCCUCUUGCAAAACAGACUUUCUCUUCCUCUCCUUCCCCCAGCAGCCCUCAAGCAUCCUCCAAAUCUGCUGGAGAUGGUUGGUAGACCCUCCUCGAGGCAUAUGGGGGUGUGGGGCUGUAGAGGGGAUCAGAGAAAAAGCUGCCAUUGUUUCUGCUCACAUGAUGUUUUCUUCUCUAAUUUUAAGAUGUCAUUUGGGGGGGUUAUUAAUGGGGCUUGGAUGAGAACUUUAACUGUUGCAUCAACAUCAGAAUUAAAUACAUUAAAAUAAUGAAAAACUUUGUUCUGGAAACUAGCCAUAUAAAUAAUGGUAUUCUAUAAUCUCUUUGAAUAAUUGACUGUUCUGUCAAAUAAAUGUGAACAAUUACUUUGACUGCACAACACUGGGGGUGGCUCAAAGCAAAGCCACUUUGGAAAUUGGUUAACCUCUGUCAAACAUAAAUGUGAAUUUGUAGAAAAUAAUCAGUUCUUUCCAAAUACAGUGUUCUUUUGUUACUCAGA